GAGAGGUUUGUUUUGUUCAUGUGUGGAGAGGUGGUUGCAGUCAGUGAUGAUUUUACAACACGCUGUCUCCUGCUGUUUAAAGGAUUUAGGCUGGGAUGAAAUGUUUUCUAAUAAUUAGUGAUUUUUGUGUUUGUUUAUUACCUGCACGGAGUUCCGUGAAAAGGAAAGCAUCCAUUUUCUGUGUUGAAUUUCACACACAGAGCGGAGCGCGUCAGUCGCAGCUACAGACAAGUCGAGCUUUUCAAUGAGAUGAUUUACUGAGAAACAAACGCGUUGAAGCUCCAGCAGAGCUCUGCGCGAUUCUGAAAGACCAAAGUAAAGUUACUCCUUGCAAAGCAUGUUGUUUGUGUUCUUUCUUUCACACCAGAAGAAGUGAUGAAUAUAUUUGAAUGGGAAGGCUACAGUAAAAAAUAAAUAUUACUAAAUACAAACCGCAGGCGGUGUUUCUGAAUGAAAAGAGGAUUCCGCUAGACCAGUGUGAAACUCAAACCAGUGAAGAUGGACGGCAGUGUCUCCGUGUCGUUGUUUCAAGACGAUCUCGCCUCUACCAUCGAGCACGCAGUGAAAGCGGCUCUACACACCGUCUUGUGUGCGAUUACUAAAGCUGUCGGCAGCAAAUUCACUGAAUUCAGAGUGGAAAUGGAAAAAAAGGAGAAAGAGAAUGAAAGUCUGAAGCUGAGAUUGGAAAUAUCAGAGAGCGAGCUGAAAGCUGUGCGAGGGUGUAUAAACGCUGCAGAUGCAGACAUUAAACAACCUUUAAUAUUUCAAGAUCCCAUAGAGAGCCACACUAUCCCUGAAUCUGAAGCACAGGAGGGGCCAAAGAUAGAAGCAGUUUACACACAAGAGGAGUCCUUUGAGCAGGAGUGGUGUGCAAGUCUAAUGCAGGUUACAGAGCUGGCAUGUGUUAAAGAUGAAGAGGUCCCUCAACAGGAAUGUGUUCCUAUUAAAGAGGAGUUCAUAGAGCAGGAAUGUGUCCCCAUCGCAGAGGAACUUCCCCAUGAAAAUCAUGUCUGUACACUUGAGGAGAACAACAAGCUGGGAUCCAACCUGUGUGAUGACUCUCCAUCUGAAUGUGAACUGGGAUUUAGAGGUAAUCCUACAAAACAAGCAGCAUUGAGCUGCCUAUUCAUCCUGCAGAACCUGGUACUGAACACCAGCAGUGUGCUUGAGAUUCAUAUUUUAACCAAGGGGAGCUGCCCAACCACUAUGUCAACAAGGACAUCACUGUGCUUGCUCCUGAGGCACCUGCUAGAUGUGCAGCCGCUGCCACGCCUCUUUAGAAUGCUGUGAGAUCAGCGGUGUCCAAUCACGCUCCUGGAGGCCAUUCCGCUCCACAUUGAACAGCUUCUAAAGUAGAUGAAGGAGAACACGACUCCACUCUAUCACCUCAGUGCAAAAACUCUCCUAGAGGCAAACCACAGUGCAAGAAACACAGAGAAACAACACCCCAAGAAGAGUAUGUGAAGACAUUGAGAACUCACUCAGUUACAAUCCCUUCUUUACAAGACAGACACCCACUUACUGUGGAGAGUACAGAGACGGCACAUUCUGUAUGUUUUAACAAUUCUGAAACCCAGGGCAACUUGAAGACCUUGCCUCAUUCUAUUAAAGGUGGGAAGAGUUCCUGUCAAUUAGACGCUCCUGAAACUCACAAGGGAAAUCCCACAGGAGGGACUCCGUGUUCCUGGGCUGAUUGUGGGAAGAGUUUCAAUCAUAUAUCACUGCUUAAAAGACACCAGCACGUUCACACAGGAGAGAAACCUUCCCACAUACAGACCAGUGAUAAGAGUUUCACACAGUUAGGAAAUCUUCAUUCACACCAGCACAUUCACAUAAGAGAGAAACCUUAUCACUGUACUGAGUGUGGGAAGAGAUUAAGUAAUUUAGGAAACCUUAAAAUCCACCAGCGCAUUCACACAGGAGAGAAACCUUAUCACUGUUCUAUUUGUGGGAGGAGAUUCAAUGACUUAGGAUCCCUUAAAAGGCAUCAGCGCAUUCACACAGGAGAGAAACCUUAUCACUGUGCUGUUUGUGGGAAGAGAUUCAACCAGUUAGGACACCUUAAAAGACACCAUAACAUUCACAUAGGUGUGUAAUCCUAUCCCUGCACUUAGUGUGAAGAAGCGAAGUCAGUUGCAGACUCUUACAGGACUAGAGAACAUUCUCAGAAAUGCAGACACUUGGGGACAACUAAACAACAGGAGUGCAUUUGACUAAAUACAGAAAUAUUAACUGAAAACAGAAGUCGCUUGAUAAAUCUGGUCACCCCUAAUCACAAUUUGUUCAGAUCAAAAACUCACCAAAAUCUGUGUUCAUCAUGUUGUUGAGCAUUCUGAUUGCUUUACAUCACAUUAGUAAUAUAUUAAAUAGAUUGUUAUUAGGAGUGCAAGUUUCUCUUUUUUCUCCUGCAUUGCUCAGCCUCUUGCAGUGUGUUGUGUGGAAUCUUCCCUGAUACCAUGGUGAAUCUGCGGUACCUCAAGACGCAGCACAGUAUACCACAGUUAUCAUGCGGGCAGCUUGAAGUGGAAAAUCAAUACUGUUUCCAGCAGGGUGCGCCAGAGAGCUGUUAGCACUUUAAUGGGCUGCAUACCAUUGCUUCUUAACAAGGUGAUUUCUGCUCCCGAUGUGCUGAAUACUCCCCUCUCUCUCUAGUCAUGGUCUCUCUGCUGUGCUUGAAAGAGUGACUACAGUUAACUUCAACUUUUUAAAACCUUUAGUCUCCUCUAGUCUUUUUUUUUGUUCCAGACUGAAUAGAUUUAGUUCCCUCAACUGUUCUCUCAGCAUAUUUAGGGUUGGUUGAGUGUACAAGGAAAACAACUGACUCUGGAGAGGAGUUACCAAUCAAUGCCAGCACACUGGAGAUCCAGAAUUCAGAACACAGAACCAGGGAGGACAUUCGGCCCAUCAGUGCAGCAGCUGAUUGAUCUCAAACCUGAUGCAAGGAGCCUCCUUGAGGACUCUGAAGAGCUGGGAGAUAAUGAUUACCAGGCCAGCAAGAGAGAACAGGAUCUCAGCAACACUUUGGAAGACUCAGAGGAGCAGGAAGGAGCACUGGAGAACAAAAGAGCGCUGGAGGCAGUGGAUUCAGGUGACAGUGAUGCUGAGCUGGACAGUGAUGGACUCAAAGGAGAGCGGGAGUUGGGAGACAAUAUGAUGGAGAAAAGAGCUGACAUGGAUUCUGAAGUGGUCCUGACACAGUCCAUGGUAGUGAAGAAGGAUGGCCUGUCCAAAAGAUACUACAGAAGUAAGUGUGUGUCUCUCUGGAGCUGGCUCCUGGUUUGGUUGAACUGCAUGGAUUGUAGACUGCAGGUCAAUUGAUUGAAGACAUUGAGAAACACUUCAGUAUUACAGCAUAUUCUACCGUGGAGUGGUUUCAUAGUUGUGGACAGACUGGUGGAAACACUUUGAAAUGAGCCCCUUGGUAUCUUCAUUAAGCCUGUAACAGCUAUCAGAAUCAACUGAUAUUCUCAGAGGAACAGAAAACAUUCCAGUAAAUGGAACUCAAACAUGAAUAUAAAGUGAACUAUUAAAUCCAAUAACCACUGUUUCUGUUUUUCUUUUUCUUUCGAACAGCUUACUGUUGUAAGUAUUUUAUUUAAUUAUGGAACAUUAAUAUAUAGAAAUGAAUUGUAUAUAUAUUUUUAAAUUGUAUUUAAUGGUGUGUGUUUAUUUCAUUUCCAGAUUAUAGCAUCUGUGCUCGUGGUAAGUGUGAAUCUGAUAUUUUAAUAAAAAUGUGACUGUACACUACAAUACAAUACACAUGUACUGUGCGCUUCACAAGAAAUGAAUACAUGUUAACAAUGGGGCCUCCUGCAGCUGAUGUUGAGAAUAUGGAAUGGGGUAUUAUUGUAUAAUAGUAUGAAUUAGCUGCUCUUAAUAAGAAAUGCCAUCUUCAUUUAAUACAUACUCACAUAGUGAGGUGUUCUGUAUCCUGUGGGAGGGGAUAUAAAGAAGGAGCCCUGGCUUUGGAUUUUGCCAAUAAUAGAAAUGUACAAAUAGAGAGACACUCCUUUGAAAUAUAUAGCUCUCUAAUACACUACUGAGGCCCCAUUCUUGUAUGAAGCAGCCACUGCAGUGACUUCAAAUGGACUGAACUCAAUAUAUCACUUGUAUCUUUCACAGUAAGGUACAGAUGCUACUAUGGUAAGUAAAUGGAUUCUACUUUAUUUGAUGCAGCAAUCAGUGGGAUUUAUUUAUUAUUUUCAAUCAGGGCACGAAUUGUUUAUCAGUGUAGCUUUGCUGAGAGGCUUCAGUGACACAGUGGCUAGAGUGCAGAGGUGCAGUGUGGAAGGUAGUGGGUUUGAGCAGUUCAAUGACUAGAGUGCAGAGCUGCAGUGUGGAAGGUAGUGGGUUUGAGCAGUUCAGUGGUUAGUGCUGGGCUGUAGUAUAGGAGUUAAUGGGUUUGAUAGCUCAGUGGUUUGAGAAAGUGGUGCCCUGCAGAGUGGAAGGCAAUGUGCAUGCUUGUGGAUCUGAGUAUUACUUUUUUAUUCAUUAGUCUUUUAGCAGUCGCUUUUCUCCAAAGUGAUUUCGAGACUAGGGGGUGUGCUAUGCAUCAACAACUGCUGCUGCAGUCACUUGCAAUAGGACCCCAGUUUUACGUUUUGACUUGCUCAGGGUCACACACAGUGAGUGAGUGGCUGAGCCGGGAUGUGAACCUCCUGGUAUCAAGCCCUUUUCUUUAACCACUGGGCCACUGUCCCUGAGUAGCUCAGGGGGUUGAGUUCUGGGCUACAGUGUGGAAGGCAGUGGGUUUAAGCAGCUCUGUGUUAAAAAUAGACUGUUCCUAACUAUCUUUUCUUUUUUUGUGUAGCUCAUCACUAUCACUACUAUUUCUACUACCGUCAUGGGUACCGCUGCACUCGCCACUGGCGUACCUACCGCUGCAGGCGAUGCCAGCACUACUGAGAAGCAGCAGCGCCCAGGGAUCACAGUGCUGGAGUUUACCUGACAGCAGACCUGCAAGCAAAGCUUAAACACACCAGCAACCUUCUUUUGUAGCAUGGCUGUAACCUUUCUGUUGUGGUCCCUCUCCCCACACACAGCUACAGCACCCAUACUUAUUUCUAUCAGGCCAUUCCCAGUUUGUUUAAAACAGCUGCUCCCUGUUGUGCAUUUGGUCAAUCUCUUCAAGGAUAUAUAAUAGAGAAAACAUUGUUUUUCUAUUGGGCGAUUCCCUGCCUCUCAUGAAGCAGGUCUUUACAUUGUAUGGAAAGGUGUCCUUAUUUAACAUGUCGUCUCAGAUUCUCAGUGAGAUCACAUGCUCACACAUGUUUGAAUAGAAACACAGCUGCACAUGGGCACAUAUACAAAGCAUUACUUGGAGAGCGUGCUUGAUUGAUUUGCCCCAGCUCAUAAUCACUGCACCGAGUCAGGUUUGACCAGUAGACUCCUUUCUUCUCCCAGCUCCUCACAGCCACCCUGUGAUGUCACAAGUGUCCCGUGACAGGCCUUGUUCACAGACUGACAAAAACAUUGUGUUUAUAUAGAGAUUUUCUUCAUCUUUCACUUAUUUUAAAAUCUCUUUAUUUGCAUUCAUGACAACAAAUGCUCAAACUGUUGACCAGUAUAAAUGCUGUCCUGCCAAAACAACACAAUCUGCUGUUACAUGAAACUGGGUAAAAGCCUCUCUCUUUCUGUAAAGCUUUUUCAGCAAUAAAACUAUUAGCAUCAAUGUCUCAUUUUGGACUGGUUUAUUUCACAUUAAUAUAGAUUAGGAAUAGCAGAGGACCUAAUACUGAUCCCUGUGGUACACCACUGGUUACCUCGCUCCAUUUUGAGGUUUCUCCUCUAAUAAGUACUUUCUGUUUUCUACAUGUUAACCACUCCCUAAUCCAUGUGCAUGCAUUUCCUUGAAUCCCUACUGUGUUCAGUUUGAGAAUAAAUCAACCAGGUUAGUUAGACACAAUCUCCCUUUCCUAAAACCAUGCUGACUGUCUCCCAGGAUAUUGUUACCAUAUAGGUCAUUUUCCAUUUUGGAUCUUAUUAUAGUUUCCAUAAGUUUACAUAUAAUAGAAGUCAGGCUUAUUGGUCUGUAGUUACCUGGUUCGGUUUUGUCUCCCUUUUUGUGGAUCAGUAUUACAUUUGCAAUUCUCCAGUCUGUCGCUACAACCCCUGUGUCACGAGAUUGUUACAUGAUCUUGGUUAGCGGUUUGUAAAUAACUUGUUUCAUUUCUUUGAGUACUAUUGGGAGGAUCUUAUCUGGCCCAGGGGAUUUGUUUAUUUUAAGAGCUCCUAGUCCCUUUAACACUUCUGCCUCUGUUAUGCUAAAGUUAUUUAAAACUGGAUAGGA